AUGUCGUCCACCGCGGCGCCGAGCCUCCCCCAUCGAUCUAUCGCAAAUAUCCGCACCGAGACUGGCCCAAGUACUGGCGGUCCUGCAAAUCCACACACGCCUUCGCGCACCGUCUCGUCAACCUUUGGUUCCCCCUCUAGUCUACGCGCCGAAGAUGACAAUAUCGUUAUAGAGUUGGGUUCCCGCUUCAUUAAGCUUGGAUUCGCCGGGGAAGCCGCACCCAAAGCAGUCUUGUCACUUGGACCCGAGCAAUUACGCCGUGUCGGCGACUUUCGCAACUGGGAUCCUGAACAUAAGGAUGACUGGAGACGGCGUCCAACCGGCAAGACCUGGGGAGUCGACCACGAGCUCUGGCAGUAUGAUGUACGGACUGUGGAUUUGGGUCUCGUGGAGGACAAGAUAGACCGGGCUAUUCGAGAGGCAUUGAAUAAAUUCCUGCUCAUCGACUCGCGACCCCGACGAACCUCUCUCGUUCUUUCUUCGUCCACCCCCCUCCCGUUACUAUCCGCCACACUUGACGUCCUCUUCUACCGUUUUCAGGCACCGACUGUGUCUCUCAUGUCCUCGGCAGUCAUGUCUACCGUCGGAGCGGGCACUCGGUCGGCGUUAAUCGUGGAUCUUGGCUGGGCCGAAACAACUGUGACUAGCGUCUACGAAUAUCGUGAAGUUCGUACAACAAGAACAGUUCGUGCAGGCAAGAUGCUGGUCAACGAAACUCAUAACCUCCUGCAAGAUGCGCUUUCAACUACACCAGUCCACGCGCAGAGGACACGCUGCGAAAGAGACCAGGGUCAACAUUCUCUGAGCUUCGAGGAGUGCGAGGAGCUGGCCUGCCGUCUUGUUUGGUGUCGUCAGCUCGACCGAGGGGAUCUUCCUGGUCUCGGAAAGCGGCAGCAACAGACCCAGAGAGAUGUCCUACCCACAGUCGAAGAGCAGGAUGAGUCCGUCCCACCCUCUCCCGUUUCCCAAGACGAGCCAAAAGGCGAUGUCGACAUUCUGCUUCAAUCUGUAGAACCGCCCGAGAACCUGACUUUGCCGUAUCAACAACUGUCUGAGCCAUGCGAAAACACGUAUUUUGCGCCGCAAUACUCGCGUAGUAGCUUCGACGAUGACGAGCUUCCCAUUCAUAACCUCCUCUAUCAGCAUCUUGUCCAGCUGCCUAUUGAUGCACGGGCUACAUGCAUGUCCCGCAUCAUCUUCAUCGGCGGUUGCUCCCGGGUCAUUGGUCUGAGGCGGAGGAUAUUCGAUGAGCUCUCAAAAUUGGUACACGAACGAGGGUGGGAUCCCGUGCAAGGGCGCGCCCCGCAGCGAUACUUGUCCAAUACGCUGCUUAAGAGGGCUGCCAGCAGACAGGCAUCUGAGGGCCCAACAGAUGUCGAGCUGCCUGCCAAGGAGGUGGAGGAGCUAAGAGUCGCAGAUGAAGACGCCCCUCGGAACGCGGCGGAUGUUAUUGAAGAUUCUCUUAAGAAGCGAGAGAGCCAUCACCCAAAGAUCCAGGGUGUCUUGCGGCCUUUGGGAUCACUUGGGCCUUGGGGAGGGGCCAGUCUGGCCUGUCAGCUGAAGGUUGUAGCCAUGGCCAACGUCGACCGUGACAUAUGGCUUCAACAAGGAGCCAACGGGGCUUCGCGGCCCAACGAAGUCGACGUCAAGACCCAACAGCGUCAGAGCAUGGGGCCUGGCGGUCUUAUGAGAGGAGCUGCAGGCCAAGCUACUUGGACUUUGGGUGCAUGGGGACAUAUUAAUACAGGUGCUGAGAAGAUAGUGAGAAGACGCAAUGAGUUGAGUUUAUAG